UACAAGACAACGGUCGAAAAAAGUACACUUUCGUUUCAUAACCAGAAAACACAAAUGGGACCUUCUCAAGAAUAUCACAAGUGCGGUUCAACACUUGUCCAAACUAUAGAUGCUCCAUUAUCCUUAGUUUGGUCAAUACUACGUCGGUUUGAUAACCCUCAAGCCUACAAACAAUUCGUAAAAACGUGCAAUCUAAGCUCCGGCGAUGGAGGAGAAGGCUCCGUCCGUGAAGUGACGUUGGUUUCCGGGCUUCCGGCUGGGUUCAGCCAAGAAAGAUUAGACGAACUUGACGAUGAGUCUCAUGUGAUGGUGAUUAGCAUUAUAGGUGGUGAUCAUCGGUUGGUUAAUUACCGGUCCAAAACGAUGGCCUUUGUGGCGGCAGAGGAAAAGGAGAAGACGGUGGUGGUGGAGAGUUAUGUGGUGGAUGUGCCGGACGGAAAUAGUAAUGAGGAAACGACGUCUUUUGCUGAUACCAUCGUUGGGUUUAAUCUUAAGUCAUUGGCUAAGCUCUCGGAAAAGAUGGCGGCUCAUCUAAAGUUGUAAUUUUUAGAAUAUAGUGUUAGUAUUUAAGUAUUAAAAUCAGGUUUAAGAUAACAAGUUAAUUUGGCAACUAGCAAGCAAUAGUCAUGUUCGAUGGGAAAUAAGUACGUAUAUGUCUAAUAUGUUUAUUAUAUUUAUGUAUCGAGUAUAUGUUAGUUUACCUAGUAUGUUACGUUUGUUCUUUUAAUUCAAUUUUUUAUUCUGUUGCACGCAAACUUUUGUAAUAUCUUAAAGGGAUUUGAAAACAAAAGGUACAAAUACUAUAAUAACGCUAGUAUGCAAUUUUGGUAUGGUAAUAGAUUCUUUGGUGGGCUCGGAGCUUUCGUAUGAAUGACAAUG